GGCCGAGGGGUCGCGGGGCCGGGAGCGGAGCGCAGGGCCGGGGGCAGAGCGCGCGAGCAGGAGCGGGUGACAGCGAGGGAGCCGGGCGCAGCGGGGGACGGCGGCGGGGAGGGCGCCUGCAGCGGGGGUGGGGGGCGCGGGCGGCGGGGCGCCCCGGGCCCCCGGACCCCCGCGCUCUGAGCCCGGCCGGGCCCGACGAUGCUGACGCCGAGGCGGCGCCGAGGGCGCGGCGCGGGGCAGCGCUGAAAGUUGGGCGGCCCGCGGGGAGCGGCGCGGGACGGCCGGGACGCGCGGAGACCCCAAGACCCACGCGCAGACCGAGCGGCAGCCGGGGAGGGGAGCGCGGGCCGGCCGGCCGAGUUCGCGGGCAAGGGGCGCCGGGACUCCCCUCUCCGCGCCCGGGACGCCGCCCGCCAGAUCGCGCCGUGGGAUGUAGCGCCCGCUCGCCGCCUCCCGGACUCUCGUCGGACCCUCCGCCCAGCGGCCCUGCGUCUUCCCAGGUGACCACGCCGGCUUCAGGACAUGCACGGACACAGCCGCAACGGCCAGGCCCACGUGCCCCGGCGGAAACGCCGCAACCGCUUCGUCAAGAAGAACGGCCAAUGCAACGUGUACUUCGCCAACCUGAGCAACAAGUCGCAGCGCUACAUGGCGGACAUCUUCACCACCUGCGUGGACACGCGCUGGCGCUACAUGCUCAUGAUCUUCUCUGCGGCCUUCCUUGUCUCCUGGCUCUUUUUCGGCCUCCUCUUUUGGUGUAUCGCCUUCUUCCACGGUGACCUGGAGGCCAGCCCGGGGGUGCCUGCGGCAGGGGGCCCGGCGGCGGGCGGUGGCGGAGCAGCCCCGGUGGCCCCCAAGCCCUGCAUCAUGCACGUGAACGGCUUCCUGGGUGCCUUCCUGUUCUCGGUGGAGACGCAGACGACCAUCGGCUACGGGUUCCGGUGCGUGACGGAGGAGUGCCCGCUGGCGGUCAUCGCUGUGGUGGUCCAGUCCAUCGUGGGCUGCGUCAUCGACUCCUUCAUGAUCGGCACCAUCAUGGCCAAGAUGGCGCGGCCCAAGAAGCGGGCGCAGACGCUGCUGUUCAGCCACCACGCCGUCAUUUCGGUGCGCGACGGCAAGCUCUGCCUCAUGUGGCGCGUGGGCAAUCUGCGCAAGAGCCACAUUGUGGAGGCCCACGUGCGGGCCCAGCUCAUCAAGCCCUACAUGACCCAGGAGGGCGAGUACCUGCCCCUGGACCAGCGGGACCUCAAUGUGGGUUAUGACAUCGGCCUGGACCGCAUCUUCCUGGUGUCGCCCAUCAUCAUCGUCCACGAGAUCGACGAGGACAGCCCGCUUUAUGGCAUGGGCAAGGAGGAGCUGGAGUCGGAGGACUUCGAGAUCGUGGUCAUCCUGGAGGGCAUGGUGGAGGCCACGGCCAUGACCACCCAGGCCCGCAGCUCCUACCUGGCCAGUGAGAUCCUGUGGGGCCACCGCUUUGAGCCCGUGGUCUUCGAGGAGAAGAGCCACUACAAGGUGGACUACUCGCGUUUUCACAAGACCUACGAGGUGGCCGGCACGCCCUGCUGCUCGGCGCGGGAGCUGCAGGAGAGUAAGAUCACCGUGCUGCCCGCCCCGCCGCCCCCUCCCAGUGCCUUCUGCUACGAGAACGAGCUGGCCCUUAUGAGCCAGGAGGAAGAGGAGAUGGAGGAGGAGGCAGCUGCGGCGGCCGCGGUGGCCGCAGGCCUGGGCCUGGAGGCGGGUUCCAAGGAGGAGGCGGGCAUCAUCCGGAUGCUGGAGUUCGGCAGCCACCUGGACCUGGAGCGCAUGCAGGCUUCCCUCCCACUGGACAACAUCUCCUACCGCAGGGAGUCUGCCAUCUGACCUUCAGGCCCAGCCCUCACCACUGCCCACAAGAGUCUCUGCCGGGGGUGGGAUGCCAGGACACCCCCUCCCACACUCAGGACAGAGCCAACCCUGGCUCCGUGGACCUUCUGGAGGAAGGUGGGGGUUUCAAAGACUGGGGGACCCCUUCCUCCUGACUCCAGCACCCAGGCCUGGGAAGAGCUCAGCCCGAUCAGCCUGAGUUCCCCCAGCGCCUACUCCUGGUGGCUCUGGGUCCCCGGAUCCACCACCCUUCCCCCACUGACUCUUCAAGGACGUGCCCUCUUUGCUCUCAGAACCUUGGGGAAGGUGGCUGGACUGCUGGGCGGGGGACAUCUCGGGGUUUCAGGGUGGGCAGGGGGUUAGUUUGGGGAGGGGGGAUGCGUUUCUUUUGCAUGACUGUGGCCUGUUGCUCAUGACUUUCUUUUGUAAAUAUCUAUAAAUGGAGACAGAUGGAGACACCAAA